CGCACAAGUCGUGGCCAUGGUCGCGGCGCUCAAUAAAGUUGCGCCCUGGAAACCUCGCGAGAAUUGGCCGUGCCGGCUGCCCUUGAGCUAGCUACGGCGCGGAGAGGGCUGCGGAGUGGCAGCCAUGGCCGAGCGGUUCUUCGUAGCCUACGAUGAGAUACCCGACGGCACCCAGUGUCACCGCAAGACCUACAUCACCACUGCCUUCGGCGGCCUUGUCGGUGCCAUAGGCUCUGCUUACAGCGUCGUACACAACCCUGCAGAUUCUCGCCUGGAAGCAGUGGCCAGAAUUGGCCGGUACACCUUCACGGCAGCUGCUGUUGGAGCUAUGUUUGGCCUCGCCACCUGUGUCAGUGCCCAGGUCCGAGAGAAGCCAGACGACCCCCUGAACUACUUCAUUGGAGGCUGCGCAGGAGGCCUGACCUUGGGAGCCCGAGCUCACAACUACGGGACUGCAGCCGCGGGCUGCAUCUGCAUGGGCACUGCGGCCUCCCUGUUCAAGAUCGGCAAGCUGGAAGGCUGGGAGUUCUUUGCCACCCGCAAGGUGUGAGAGGAGCCCCUGUUGCAAAUAAACACUGUGUGUCCCUGUG